AUGCAAUCAAUUGCAAAAUCCCAACUACCACUUGUAAGGGGGUGUUGCAUACUACUAAAACGAGGCAUCUCAACUGUGCCGUAUUUGCAUGAACGAAGAAGAGCUUGUGCGCUUGGUGCACGAUAUUUCACUACAUCUGCAUACUUCCAAGCAUCAUCCUCACCCACCAGCCACAAGCAUGACACCAACGAAACAGUAACUGACGCCAAAAAAGUUACAAAAGCGGCACUCCUAGCUCAAGCCAACAGUCGAUUGAGUAGGUUUUGGAUAAAUGUCAAGUGGCCACUAGUCAGAGGCAAGAAAACUUCCAAACUAGACAUCUCCUCAGCAUUUAUUUCCGGUAUGAUUAUGGGAAACUUGUUGUGGAUCAUAUUGGGUACUACGACAUUUGGAUUAAUGGUGAUGUACUCACUCCACUACUUGGACAAUGUCUUUGAUAAUAGCAACAAGAAGGAAAAGGCAACAAAGAAUAGCAUUUUCGGAUACAUUUCAGGAAGUAUAUUGUCCCACGGUCUAGGCGUCAACUUGCAAUUUGAAAAGGGAGCUUUACCAGAGUUUAAGGAUGGCAAAUUGAGACUCAAGAAUGUGACUGUUACAUCCAAAGAUGCUAGUGACUACAAAGUCCAAGCAAAAGUCGAGUCCAUGAAUGUGACUUUAUCAUUCAACAAAUGGUACGAGGGAAAUGGUUUAAUUUAUGACCUUGAACUUUAUGGAUUAAAUGCAAAAAUAAGCUUGAUUGCAACUGCUACAUCAGAAAAGCACCUUAAUGUCGACAAGAACUACUUGCUUGAACAUGUUAAAAUUUAUGAUUCCCUCAUCGAGGUUGAUGAUGGAAGUGCAGGAGAACCUAUGUGCAUCAACAUUUUCAACUGCGAUUUGCCAAAAGUUAGAGGCGAUCAACUCGUAUUGGACUUUUUCAAUGCCACAAAUGCCAGCGGUGCAAUCAACAACUCCUUAUUCACCAUUCACAAAAGGCAAAGCUUGGACCCUCAAACUGGGCCCGAUGACAAAUUGAUCAGAUUCAAGUUGGACGCCAUUGAUUUAGGCACAGUUACCAAAUUUAACCCGAAACUGAAGUUCAAUUGGAUUGUAAACGGGAAAGCUGAAGUUAUUGCUGAUAUAACCCUUCCAAAGGACAAAGAGAGCGAGCAAUCCAUUGGAGACGUUAUUGGAAAACUAUUUAAAAACAUUUCAAGUAUGAAUACAUCGACUGAAAAUGGCAAUGACGAGUCGUUGCUCAAAGACGCCAUUAGUGCCAUCUAUCACACUUUUAAAAGAGAGCCGGAAGAAGAUACAAAUGAAUCAUACGUUAUGGUCAAUGUCAAGGUUAAACUAUGGGACUUGCAGGCAAGUUUACCCAAUAACUUGCCAAUGUCAACAAACGCUACGCCAUACAUCUCGUUAUCCGACUUGCGCUCAUUGAUUGGGUUUGUGAACCAAGAAAAAUCACCAAUAACUUUAAAGACUACAAUUAUUGAAAAAGUUUCUCAAUUGCAAGAUAUCGAGCACUUUGGUCAAACGAAAAUGCUUGAUGGUAUUGCCUCUGACAUGUAUGAAGACUUGAUGUCCAUGGUUAAAGAUGAUGAGCAAAGGAUCAUCCUGACUAACACUUGGGCCAGUGCCAUUGCUACUCAACUAUUAGUCCUAGGUUUGGGCGCCCUUGCAUAA